UAACAAUCUUAUAGCCCCUUGGGUAAAACAGUCACGAAGAGCUCGCUGUAGUUGCCACCAAACCAAUGGGGAGCCUGGGAAGAGUUGGAGACAUGGCGAAAGAUCUGUCGUCGCUUCUCUUUGGGGGAGGAGGGCUACCUUUAACUACACUGACUCACUAAGAAGCGACUUUCAGCUUUCAUUUCUCCAUCAUCUGCAAACCCUAGUCCUCGUCUCCUUUCUGAAAUAAAUCCCUAAUUUUCUCUUUAUAGUUCAUUCCACUCCGUCAGAAGCCUCUUAAGGUCUCUCUUCUCUGCAACUGUCAACCGACCGCCGGAUGCUGUGCUCCAUCUGAGGAAUUGAUCUGAUGUAAGCGCUCUCGCUUCGAAUUUCUGGGCACUUUUCCGUUUCAAAUUACGGUUAGGAUCGAAUUGAAGCACUGAAAAGUGAAAACUUUCAUUUUUUGACCCCUAUUAGCUUUCGUACAUGGCGAAAGAAUUCAAUGUCCCGCCCGUAGUGUUUCCUUCCGGCGGGAAUCCCGGGAGCGUUCCGCAGCAGCGGCGAGUCCCAACGGCGCCGUUCCAGCCGCCUCGCCCUGCAAACCCUAACCUCCCCUUUAUGUCAUUUGAUAUUGGAUCUGCCCCUCCACCGACAUCCUUCUCGGCUCCUGUUUUUGGCGCAACUGGUGUAGGAAUUGGUUCUAACUUCGAGGACGAGCCGCCUCUACUUGAAGAGCUUGGAAUCAAUACUCGCCAAAUCUGGAGGAAGACUGUAUCGAUCUUGAACCCUUUCAGAGUAAACGCCAAUCUCCAUGAAGAUGCUGAUUUAUCAGGUCCAUUUAUCUUCCUUAUGGGUUUCGGUCUCUUUCAAUUGCUCGCUGGGAAGAUCCAUUUCGGCGUUAUCUUGGGUUGGGUCACGUUUGCCUCUCUUUUCCUCUACGUUGUAUUCAAUAUGUUGGCGGGUCGCAAUGGGAAUUUGGAUCUCUACCGUUGUUUGAGUCUCCUUGGUUACUGUAUGCUGCCAAUAGUGAUCUUUUCGGCGUUAUCCUUGUUUAUUCCGCAAGGAGGAGUUGUUGCAUUUUCCAUGGCGGCUGUUUUUGUGCUUUGGUCGACGAGGGUCUGCACACGUCUUCUGGUUGAGCUUGCUUCUUGUGGGGAUGAGCAUCGGGGUUUGAUAGCUUAUGCGUGUUUUUUGAUCUAUACAUUGUUUUCUCUGUUAGUUAUAUUUUAAACGGGACUGAUGUUAAGUGCUAGGAACUGAAUUCCCUCAUUGGGAGUUCCAUUUCUUAUAGCUGUAACUCUUUACCUUUAGCAUUCAUUUUCACUCUGUUUUGCUUUCUUUGUAAAGCCUGCAUGAAUUUUGGGUCUCACAUGGAAUGAUGGAAAUGAAACUCAUUCAUCAAUUCAACAUUCUUGGUGGCUUAGCAA